GUUGUUCCUACUAAAAGAUACUUAUUCUGUGUUUUUUUUUUAACUAAACUGUGGUUUACAACAGUUUUUCAUCCUUUUUUCAUCCUCAUAGGUGUGUCUGCAGUUGUAGAGCAGAUCCCCUCCUUGUUUCUCAUCUUCAGGGUAGUUUUCCUUUCGGAUAAGUUUUUUUUUUUCUUUUUUUAUUGAGAUCUGAGGAAAUGGACAAUGACAAUUUUUUUUACUUUCAAGUUUUUGAGUUUUUCUGCACAUUUUCUUUAAGUGAGAAAAGGAGAAAAACAACAACAACAUUUGAAACUGUCUGGGAGGGGCUUGGAGGGAGGAAAAAGGGAAAGGGGGUGAGAAAAAAGGGAGAUGUGUGCUGAAUUCGAGGCUGGGUGUGUCCAGGCUUUUUACACAUUCCCCGAAAUCUCCCGCUUCGUGUCUUUAAAGGUAAAGUGAGUUUGUUUGUUGUUUUUCCGUUUUGUUUUUAACUAUGAGGGCGCGCGGGGCAUGCUGCAUGAAGACUUUAGGAGCUGUAAAGUUUAACCCUUUGAAGUGGACAAACUUUUAAGCCUUUAACGCGUGAGUGAGGGCACGCGCGCACUUCCACAACCGCCGCGCGCGGCCACAAAGCGACGGUGUUUGAACCGGCGGAGAUGAAAGCUUGUUUUCUCGUCCUCGCGCUCAAUUUAGAGCACACGGGCGCGCGGGCUUAGCGGGAUUUGAGGAAUGCGAGCGAGUCCCAAUCAAGCGCGCGCGUUUUUUUAAAAAAAAAAAAAAAAAGCCUCAAAAGUGCCUAAAAAAAACUAAACAAAACAUCAAAAGUCGAACGGAAGUGGCUGUUUUUGAGGUUCAACGUCCUCGAAUUCCUCACAUGCGUGAAAAUAAAAAGUCUGAUUAAAAGUCGGACAUGCGUGACGUGUCUGAAUCCAGAUGUGCGUCUUUCAAAAAAGAGUCGAGGGGCGAGUUCGGACUUGCAGCUGCCCCACCAUUGACUCUGUCUGCCCCCCUCCUCCUCUACACUCUCCUCUUUUGUUGUUGGAACUUGUGCGCCAAACGGAUGCUCUCCAGAGUAAAAAAGUGUUGCAUAAGUGCGCGGGGAAGUGAAAUAACGAUGCGCAUCAAUUUCCUUUUCAGCCGUUUUCCAGAGGGCCACCAUGUUUGUGCUGGCAGGAAUCAUUGUUCUGCACAUUUCCACCAUCAUCUUGCUGCUGGUGGCCACCAUUGACAAUGCCUGGUGGGUCACUGAGACUGUGUCGACAGACCUGUGGGGCACAUGGAGGUUAAAAAGCUCCGAGUGGCAUUACCACAACUUGGAGACCUCUCCUGACGAGUUCCUUCAGUCGGUGCAGGCGAGCGCCGUGCUAGCCUGUAUCUUCUCCAUCCUGGGCUUGUUUGUGUUUGUGGCUCAGCUGUUCACUCUCCCGAAAGGCCAACGAUUCAUGUUCACGGGCAUUUUACAGCUAAUCUCCUGUCUGUGCGUGAUGAUCGCUGCCUCAGUCUACACGGCGGAGCUUCACACCGGUGCAUCGGGGGGCUACGGCCACUCCUACAUUCUGGCAUGGAUCUCCUUCGUCCUCACGUUCCUGUUGGCGCUCACCUACCUCAUCCUGCGGAAGAAGAGCGAGUGAGAUGAAAAAGAAAAGAAAAAAACGGAGAGCAGCGUUGCAUUCCUCCUGUCUGCUGAUCCAGUCUGGCAAAAACACCCUUUGCAGUUAGGAACCCGAGAACAUCUCACCCAGAGCCAAUUUUUGUUUUUAGAUUUUGAAGAACUGACUGAUUUUAGAAGCAAGACUGAUUAUAAAUGUGCAGCUUUUUUAUUUUUACUCUUUCAAAAUGUAAUCUUAAACUUAAAUAUUCAUUUCUGUCCGUUUCCCAGACAGAUUUAAUGUAUUUAAUGUUCCUUAUAUGCCAAAAAAUAAUUGUGUGGUGUUUAGUUAACUGAUAAAAACCUUUUUUUUCUAGUUUAGAAGGUAUUUUUGCUGAAAUAAAAUGGGAGUUCAUUUAGUUUCAAGUUACUUUGAAAGUUUCCUUCUUUCGGUUGAUAAAAUAAUUGACCCAAACAUCACAAGGGUCAUUAAAAUAUGCUAAAACUUUGUGAAAAGUGGUUUAGAGAGGUAGCUUAGUUAUACAAUAUAGUCGGAGGCUGAAAUACUUUAAUCAAUAAAGACAAAAGAAGCCUGAACUCAAGAGUGUAGUUACUUUUUAUUAAUGAGGUUUUUUUUUACAACAGAUAAAAUGUAUACUUUUAUAUUUUAUGUACAUUGUAACCAUUGUUUUGUAGCAUUUUGUUUGUUUUUACUAUGUGUGACUUGCGCCUGGCUGCUAUCAUAAGACAUGUUCAAAUGAACAUGAUGUGAUCCAGGGAAGGAGGGCAGCACUGUUUCAUUCCACAUUACUAUGCAUGUGAACGUUGGGUUAGUUCAUUGGAAGUUAAGCCAUUUUUACUAAUAAAACUAAUUCAAACUUGAA